ACACACAUGAGACAUGGAUUCGGCGGCUCAGAGGGGGGGAGAAGACCCGGCAGAAUAGCCGAACUCUAGAAGAAACACUCAGAAGAAAAGACGCUCGAAAAACUUGAAGAUUUUUCAAAGUUUUGCUGGAAAGCCUCAUGUGACUUGAUCGAUCAUGGCAGUUUAUUACCCUGGAUCCGGACGUAUGGGGGUGAAACGGGUGAAUAAGGCACCACGUGGAAGGCUGACGAAACCGACAAUUCGUCGACUGGCCCGACGAGGGGGUGUCAAGAGGAUUUCCGGGGGGAUUUACGACCUUGUACGACAGAUCCUGAGAACUUUUCUGGAAACGGUUAUCGCUGAUGCUGUGAUAUACACCGAGCACGCCAAGAGGAAGACUGUCACCGCUCCAGACGUAGUGUACGCCCUGAAACGUCGAGGACGUGCUAUCUACGGAUUUGACGGGGAGUGAUUCUCCAAAUAGUGAAGUCGUAUAACAAAUUGAAUCAACUGAUCGUCAAGAUUGGUUUUUGAGAUAGAUAUCAAUAUCUAGAAACAGCAGAAAUUUUUUUUGGAGGCUUCUUUGAAGAACUUAUAUUCUAGAAAGAAGGUUAUUAACGAAGUUUGGUCAUUUUAUUUUAUCAGUAAAUAUUGCUUCAUCCUAUUAUUUUAUUAUUUGGGUUAAAAAAUAAUGUUGAUGAUCAGUUUAUUCGUCUCGUUUUACCACUUCACUACAGAAUUGAAGUCCCAGUGACACCAGAAGUGUUGAAGAGCACAUGAAGCCAAAGACCAUUGACGGAGUCGAUUCAUUUGGCUGAGACUCCUGAUGACUAUUCGAUGCAUAGUCUUAUCUAGAUAAUUAUUAUUUUUCCUUAUUUUAUAUUCCAAAUAGAAAAGAUUUUGGUUCAGUUAUAUUCGUAAUACACUAGAAAAUCGUUCGGAAGUUUUCGAUUUUAGAGAAAACGAGAGAUGAGAUUUUUAUUCAUAAAAAUGUUGCAUGAAACCAUUAUAUCAUUAUUAAUUAUUGUUUAUUCUGAUUAUAAUCCUUUAUCUAGGGUUAUUUAACGCAACAAAAACGAAUAUAUAAUUCUCCAAACGACAUUGAAUAAAAACAAUCAGUGAAUGCA